UCUUCAACUCAAACUAGGACACCAUGGUCUGUAGAAGAAGAUCAGUUAUUGCAGCAAGGUUACUCUCAAGGCCUAUCUUGGGCAAUGAUUUCUACUAUUUACUUACCACAUCGCUCUCGUGGCUGCUGCUGGGGGCGUUUCAAGACCUUGCGCUCAAAGGCGUUAGAACGUAAAGAAUGGACAGAAUCUGAAGACCGUCUUUUGUUACUAGCUAUCAAAAAGAACUCACGUUUGUUCAAGCAAGCUUGGAAAGCAGUGGCUCGUGAUAUUGGCAAUAGAAAUUGGAAAGAAUGUGAA